UCAGUGUACAUCCGUACAAGCCGGAGCACAAAAGUGCCUUUCCUUAAACUCUCUUACGAGACUUUUCAAUUUCUAUUUGAACUCUAGGAACAGCGCCACGAAUGAAUGAAAAAACUAGCCAAGUGAUUAAUACUUAAGAUUGAAAUGCUGUAAUUUAUAAAAUGGUUCGUUUGCAUUUGUGAACUAAAUCGGAUGCCAACACUUCCCAACUCUGGCAUCGCAGUGUCCUCGCCGUCAUCAUCGACAUCGAAUGACGGGAUAGCGAAUGCUGUGGAAAACGUCAAAAUGUAAAUUGAACAUUGCUCCAUCUCAUCACUGUGUAAAAUAUUGUGCUUUUCCGAUUGUUGAAUUCUUAAGUUAUUUCACAUUUUCGCCCACGGCCAGGACCCGAAAGAUUAAAUCGUUUCAGCAGCCGUGUCGCGUCGGUAUUUCGCGAUAAAAGUGCCAAAAGGCUCCUCCAAUCGCGGAAUCAGUUCUUGUUUCUAUUUCCCUACUGCUGAUUUGGUGACAGGUGCUGUUGCCUGAAGAAAGAGGAAAAGGACGACCGCCAAGACGUGGAAAAUCACGUAAACAAAGCCACAAUAGGGCGCGAUUCGACACCAUCACUGUUGACCACUAGCGCCGGUUCCUUUGUCAACAUUCCCAACCAUGACGGACUCCUUUUUCGGCUUCGACACCUCACUCCCGGUGGAGGAUGACGGCGGUGGAGGAAUUGGAGAAGCUUUGGACGAGUCCGAGGAGGAAUAUGAUGCGCUCAAUGAUGAGACUUUUGGGAUGGCCGCUCGGGAAGGAGACUGGGAGGGAUUGCACGAGGAUUUGGUACGGUUGGAUCAACGGGAAGGAGGCGAUGGCGACUCUGGCCCGGAUUCCGAUUUGGACAUCAAUUUCUCCAGCGUGCGAAUCGAUAAUCUGGAGAUGAAUGAUGACAAUGAGUCGGAGGCGCGUCUGCAGCUAGACCCGAGCGUAUGGACUAUGCCAAGUAAACCAGCAACUCCGAGACCGCUUCCUUUGAGUACCACAGCUCCAAGAGCUAUUGGGCAAGCAUCCGUAUCGUUUCCCGGAUUUCCCCCAAACUUUACGCUACCUAACCCUGCCCAGAUGCGGAUUUGCUCGGUUGAAGAAAUCGAGCAGAACAUGAUCAAGCAGCAAGCCCAACAAAUGCAGCAACACCCGCUGGUGCCGCCACGUCCUCCUCCACAACAGCAAGUGAACCUUCAACAACAAUACCAUCAAAAUCUAGGACUAGCUCGUCCUCCGCCAGGUUUCCCCGCUCCACCUGCGAUGAUGGGUCAACCUCCACUGACGAUUCCGGUAAAUUUCCCUCCACCGAUGAAUAUGGGACCACCGCCACUGCACUUGCUUCAGACGAAUAUCCCUCCACCAGGAACUGGUCCACCGUUGUUUCCGUUGAAUGUGCCUCCGCCGAAUUUUCAGGAGCAGCAAAACCAUGCAAACUUCAAUCAACGCCUGGUGCAAGAAAUUCAGCAGAAUCAUCCCUUGCUGAGCCAGCAUCGUCACCACCAACAACAACAUCAGCAGAAUCGCUACCAGCAGCACAACAAUCGUCAGAAUUACCAUCAACAGCAUAACCAGAAUCGGCAUCAAAACGGUAAGUUCAACCGAUCCGGAGAAUAUGACGAGUAUGCGAACUUGAUGAGUGAAAGGGACAAACAGUGGCUGCUGGGAAUACAACUGUCUCAGCUCAACAAAGACACUCCCUAUUUAAACGAUUAUUAUUUUUGCGUGUUUCGUGACCGGAAGGAACGCCAAAAAGGUGAAAAUGAACGGGAGAGUAAAGCGCACAAAGACAACACGUUCUAUCAUCCCUUCACUCAGCAAAUGCUGCAGCGCAAUGGACUUAUCGGUCGAGAAAGAAGAAACUCGGAGAAAAGUCAGGAUAUCAAAGAAGUACCGGCUAGAAAUUACACUCCGCUGCAAUUCGAAAACUCUCUUGGAAAACUACAGUGCGGCAGUGUCACCGCUCCAAGAAAGAUCAUCGAUCAAGAUGUGGUAGCCGAAACGUCAACAAAUACAGGCACUGCAGUUUCUUCGGAAAUACUUUCUCAGCGAAAGUCGAGACAAAUUUUAUUGCAUGUUGAAAGUCUAUACAAAAUAAUGCUGAAAAUGGAAGACUUGAGCAAUCCAUUGGCAAUCGAGGCCAAGCAAUUGCUCAAAGAGAAGAAAGAGCGCGAACGUCUUAUAGCCCUUGAGCGGGGCCAACAGGUUGACGAGCAGAAUAACCUCACCGUGAAUGGAUCCGAUGGCUCACAUGAAGCUCUAGAAGACACAUUUGAUACUAUGUUGGAAAAACUUCUUACAGGACUCUCUCCGGAGGGAGUUCUCAUGACACUGUCCGUGAGAAAAGGAAAACUUUUGUUGAAGCGCAUUCAAGUAAUUGUCAAGGAUCACCCAUUCCGUUGGAUCCUUUGGUGUACAAUUCUAACUUCCUUGCCCCUGCUCCCGAAGCGGGACCGUGACGAUCCCGAAGGUCUUUUGAGCCCUCUCUUCGCUCAACUGGAAAGCCAUGUACAAUACUCAACUAUUAAGGAAUUGCUUCCAGUCUUGGACAUCUUUCUGAACUCGGACAAGCUGCUCCCGCUGGUGCCCAAGUGUAAAUUCCUUUUGACGACCGUGUUGACCUUGAUCGAUCGCCUGGAGCACUUCCACACAACUCCGGGGCUGGAGCUGCCUACCGAAACGAUCGAACGAUGGAAGACAUUCCUCAAGGAACUAUCCAUAGCGGUCGGCAGCGUGGGAAUGGGACCGCAAAAGGUUCUGCUCAAAUUGGACUCCAACUGUAAAAUCCUUCGCACGCUUAGGAAUCACUUUCAGCGAUAUCCGGCGCUGGAGCUGGAGCUGAAACUAUUAGCGCUCAUCUCCAUCGAGGAUAAAAAAUAACCGCUCGGACGAGUGGACCUGCAUGAUAGGUAUAAAAUAACAAAUUUUGCUUUUAAUUUUAUUUUCUCUUAAUUCAACUUGUAAAAAAUUUCGAAAGUUUUCCCGUUACUUAUUAGAACGGAGGGUCAAAAAGGGAACCUGUUGCAUUUUCCAUCUCAUGUUUUCAUAUUCCACUUAUAUCGAAAAAAAAUACGGCAUAAAUUUAUUCGUUUUAUUUUCAUGUGUGCUCGCAGAUGUAAAAAUUUCAAACUAAAAACGAGUCAUUUUGCUUUUUUUGUUUUCCAUGGCAAGAAUGUGGGAAUCCAUGAGAUGAAGAACCGAAACAGUUACCCUUUGGUUGCAAGAAAAUGUGUAGAACUGAAAAUGACGAUUUUCAAAGUUUUAGGUAGUAAAUAACCAUUUUUAAUGUGAGAAAACAAGUGUAAAAUGUUAGCAUGAUGAAACUGGCAAGUUAUUAGAUCAAAAAAUCUUUUUUUUAUCACAGUUAUUCCCUUCAUUGUGACUUUUUUGUUUAUUGUAUCUUUCAUAUAUAAUCCCUUAAAUACUAUAUAAGCAUAUCCAAUAAUAAUUAUUAAAGUGGAUUCUGUAAGGACA